AUGAUGGAGGAUCACCUGUCCAAGAUCCCCAUGAUGUUGUCCUCUUCCCCCGCUGAGUCCUUGGUGAGCGGCGGCACAGAUGACAGCAGAGGAGCCAAGAGUCCAGUCCCUGGGAAAGCUCUGAGUCCGGCUCUGGUCUGCAAAGUAUGCGGAGACACCAGCAGUGGGAAACACUACGGCAUCUACGCCUGCAACGGCUGCAGUGGCUUCUUCAAACGCAGCGUGAGGAGGAGGCUCAUUUACAGGUGUCAGGCAGGUACAGGAAUGUGUCCUGUGGACAAAGCUCACCGUAACCAGUGUCAGGCGUGUCGGCUGAAGAAGUGUCUACAGGCCGGCAUGAAUAAAGACGCCGUGCAGAACGAGCGUCAGCCCCGCAGCACAGCUCAGGUCCGUCUGGACUCCAUUGACGUGGACCCCGAGAAGGAGCACCUUGCAACCACACGAGAGCCUACCUCAUCAUCCUCGUCUUCCUCCUCCUCGUCCAGCAGCUCUGUCAUCACGUGGCCCCACAUCAGCUCUUCCAUAUCCAUCACCUCCUCUGUGGCCCCCCAUCGCAGCAUCAGCCCCCAGAACAACCACCGCUUCAUGGCCAGCCUCAUGACGGCUGAGACCUGCGCCAAGCUGGAGCCUGAAGACGUUGAUGAGAACAUUGACGUCACGAGUAACGAGCCUGAGCGCGAGUCCUCGGAGUACCACAUGGCCCUGUACCCGUCCAGCUCCGAGAACGUGUACGAGACCUCGGCCAGGCUGCUCUUCAUGUCGGUGAAGUGGGCCAAAAACCUGCCCGUGUUUUCCAACCUGCCCUUCAGAGACCAGGUGAUUCUACUGGAGGAGGCGUGGAGCGAGCUCUUCCUGCUCUGUGCUGUUCAGUGGUCUCUUCCUCUGGACAGCUGUCCGCUGCUCUCUCUGCCCGACCUCUGCCCCGGUGUGCAGGGCAAAACCAGCUACACCAGCCUGGACCUGCGCCUCCUGCAGGAGGUCUUCAGCCGCUUCAAGGCCCUCGCAGUCGACCCCACUGAGUUUGCCUGCCUCAAGGCCAUUGUGCUCUUCAAGCCAGAGACUCGGGGGUUGAAGGAUCCAGAACAGGUGGAGAACUUGCAGGACCAGUCUCAGAUGAUGCUGGGACAACACAUCCGCUCACACUACCCUAAUCAACCAGCCAGGUUUGGAAAGCUGCUCCUUCUUCUCCCCUCUCUGCGUUUUGUGAAUUCAGAGCGGAUAGAGCUUCUGUUUUUCCACCGGACCAUCGGUAACACGCCCAUGGAGAAGCUGCUGUGCGACAUGUUCAAGAAUUAAAGAACCCAUGCAGUCAUCAUUUACCUCCAGGUUUAAUGGGAGGACGUUCGAUGGAUAUUUGCUUCUUAUUUCUGUUUACAUAUCAGAGAUUCUGUUAUUUUUUAAAGCCACUUUAAUGUUUGUUUGUGAAUGAAAAUGCAACUCAGUUCUCAUCAUCAUGCUUGCCGUCUGUUUGUGUCAUAUUUAGACUUUGAUUUGUGUCUGAAGUGACUCACAAGCACAUCUCAGUCUCUAGUGUAUCAUUGUUUUGGUGUUUUUUCUUUGAACACAAUUCAGAUUUUCAUUUGUUGCAGAUAGAUGGACUGUGAGUCCCUGCUGUCAUUAAUGUGACUGUUAUUUUCAUGUUUUCAUGCCUUGAUAAAGUAAAAAAUAUCAUAUAAA